AUGGAGACAUUAUUAGAAUUGGCACUCCGAACCAGCACAGCCAAUGUUGAUCCUUUCAAAGAUGAUUUAAGAAUCCAAUUCCAAAAGACUGAUCUUAUCUCUCAACUCUAUGACAUUCUGCAAGCCAAACACGCUAACCCAGCAGAAUUCAAUUUGUCUGGUUUAGAAGCUUUCUCCUUCAACUACAGUGUCAAAUGGCCCCUUACUUUAGUUCUUAAUCGGAAGGCUCUAAUGCUCUACCAGUUAUUGUUCAGACAACUUUUCUAUUGUAAACAUGUUGAAAGGCAGCUGUGCAACUUGUGGCUGCAGAAUAAAUCUGUUAAAUUAUUACCAGCCAAAGGUUACACAGCAGCAUUUGCCCUGCGUCAACGGAUGUUGAAUUUUAUCCAAAACUUAGAAUAUUACAUGAUGAUUGAAGUCAUUGAACCAAAGUGGCACAUUUUCUUGAAUCGAAUGGAAACAGUUUCUAAUAUUGAUGAUGUUUUGAAUCACCAUGGAGACUUUUUGCACAGUUGCCUUGAAGUUUGUAUGAUGACAAAUGUUGGAUUGCUUCAGAUUAUCCACAAACUGAUGGUUGUCUGCAUCACUUUUUGUAAUUGCAUCAAGAGAUUAAAUGAUUCUUUAGAAGCAAAGUCUAAGGAAAGUUGGGUGACAUUGACCAAUUCCUUGCAGGCAACCCAAAAGGAAGAUAUAAAAAAUAAAAAGACUGCAGCAAAGGUUGUGGCUGAAGUGAUGGAUGAUGAAUCAACAGAACAUCUUGGGAAUAUGAUCUGCCAAUUUGAGCAAAACUUCAGCCAACUCAUGUUACAGUUACUUGAGAAAAUAAUGAUUUACAUGAUUCAAGGAAAUGGAGAACAAACCUUGUUCUGUCGAUUGGACUUUAAUGGUUUCUACACAAAAAAUUGUGCUCAGUUUGAGAUGUUUAAAAAUUCGCUGUUUUCCGAUGACCUCCAUGCACAGGAAAUUCAACUUUCUUCAUUGAAACUUAAAGAGACAAUGUCUAACAUCUUUUCUGACUUGUGUCCAUCUGGGAUGGAGUCUUUUCAUUUGCACACAUUGAGUGAUUCGUCAAAUAAAUGA